CCUCCUGUCCGACAGAGGCACAUCCCAGACCUGUGAAAAUUACGGAGGAAAGUACUACUGUACAUACAGUCCUCCUGCUGCACACGAGACCCAGCCGAGGCACUUGCCUCCCCCCUUCUCCCUCUUCUCCGUCUUCACUUUCUUUUGCUUCCUUCACUUGAAUUCGAGAGUAUCCCAAGAAGUCCCCCCCCUCUAUGUCCAUCUUUACAUCAAACGCAAGCCAGGCUGCGAGAAGAAUACUCCAAGCCUCCAACCAUCUUACGCCACCUCAGAUCUCCAAGAUGGCUACCCUAGGGGCGUAUGCGAAGAAGCACAAGGUGACGGUCGUAGGAUCCGGAAACUGGGGCUCUACAAUUGCCAAGAUCGUCGCCGAAAACACCAGAGAGCAUACCGACCUCUUCGAAGAGCACGUCCAGAUGUGGGUUUACGAAGAAGAAGUUACCCUUCCAGCAUUUUCAAAAUACAACAAGUCCGCCACCCCAUCACCCCAAAAACUCACCGACAUCAUCAACACCCAUCACGAGAACGUGAAAUACCUCCCCGACAUCAAACUCCCCCCCAAUCUAGUUGCCAAUCCCUCGAUCCAAGACGCCGUUCGAGACUCCACGAUCUUGAUCUUCAACCUUCCUCACCAAUUCAUCAAGAGUAUCUCCAAACAACUACAAGGGCACAUCCUCCCCUACGCCCGCGGCAUCUCCUGCAUAAAGGGCGUGAACGUAACGUCGUCUGAGAUCUCCUUGUUCAGCGAGUGGAUCGGCGAGGGCCUUGGGAUCUACUGUGGGGCACUCUCAGGUGCGAACAUCGCCAGCGAGAUCGCCGCAGAGAAAUGGUCCGAGACCACCAUUGCGUAUGAUCCCCCGCCUGUUGAUUCUCGCGUGGGCACGCCGGCAGGACCCAGCCCUAGCAGCUCGCAAAUCAACCUGAAGAUUACGCCGGUGGAUGGUGAGCUUAAAAACGUCAAGGGGCAGGUGAGCAAGGUGAAAUUGAAGGCCCUACCCUCCGACUAUCCGCCGCUGGAUCAUGCCAUCUUCAAAACCCUGUUCCAUCGCCCUUACUUCCACGUGCGUAUGGUGUCAGAUGUAGCGGGGGUUUCACUCGGUGGUGCAUUGAAGAACAUCGUUGCGUUGGCAGCAGGUUUUGUUGAGGGACGGGGAUGGGGCGAUAAUGCCAAGGCAGCAGUGAUGCGCGUGGGCUUGCUAGAGAUGGUAAAAUUCGGGCAGGAGUUUUUCGGGGAGACAGUGCAUGCGGGGACGUUCACAGAAGAGAGUUGUGGCGUUGCAGAUCUGAUCACGAGUUGCUCAGGGGGGAGAAACUUCCGCUGUGCCAAACUGGCUGUCGAGAGGAAUGUUAGUGUGGAUGAGGUGGAAAAGACGGAGUUGAAUGGGCAGAAGUUGCAGGGUACGAGUACGGCGAAGGAGGUCAAUAUGUUCUUGAAGGCGAAGGGAAAGGAGGCUGAUUAUCCCCUUUUUACUGCGGUAAUUGAUAUUCUGGAGGGCCGGAAUACAGUCGAUGAUAUCCCGGAUUUGCUAUCCAGGGCUGAUGAUGUAUGAAUUGACGACAAUUCGAUUAAUGCGAGAGCCAUGCGACAAUAGAGGUUUUAGAGUCCUUCAGAUAGAGGGUCGUUUUUAUAUGAAUAGAUCCCGCUUCUCGAUGUCUAGACAGGAAGUCGAUCGGGCAAAUUGAUAUAUCUUAACAACCUCACG